ACUUAGUUGAGAGGUUCAUUCUAGAAAAAUGGUUUGUCGAAAAAUAUUUCUCCUCGUUUUCCCAGUCUUAGCUGCAUCAGGAUUCACACUAAACGGACGAAUCGUCAACGGCACGACCGCCAAACCGGGAGAAGUACCACUAAUCGUGUCCCUAAGACUCGCCGACAUCCACCUCUGCGGGGCCUCAAUCCUCACCCGAACCCACCUCCUCACAGCCGCCCACUGCGUCCAAAAUUCUGUUUCUUACUACAGCGUUCAGUUCGGUUUAACACACAUCACUUCGGGGGAGGAUUCCCCAAACGUAAUCAAAGUUUCCAGACUUAUCCCACACGAAAAUUAUACUCCCGGGGACGGAUAUGUAAAUGAUGUGGCUCUUGUCGAGCUCGAGACGCCUCUAAUUUUUGAUUUGAACGCACAGCCGACGAAACUUCCGGACUUGUUUGACGCUACCCCGGAAUACGCCCCGGCUUUGUUGGCGGGUUGGGGUUACCCUUACUCGUAUGGGGAGAUUAUUGAGGAUCUGCAAAAAGUCGAGGUUUACGUGUACCCGGAUGCGGAGUGUGAAAGGGUUCACGCACUGACGGGUCCGACUAAUAGGAGUUGUCAUCUGUGUGCGGGUGUGCCGGGGGGAGGUAAAGGGCAGUGUAGUGGGGACUCGGGGGGGCCGCUGAUGGUUGAUGGGGUUCAGGUUGGUAUUGUUUCGUGGUCGGUGAAGCCUUGUACCGUUAAGGGAUACCCAGGAGUGUUCACGAAAGUUUCGAGUUAUGUGGACUGGAUUAGAGAAAAGUUACAUAUGGUGGAAUAACUUGUCACGAAUAUGUUUUAUAUUAAAUACAUAAAUUUUAAGUUUGUUGUUCAAUAAUCAUUUUCUAAUUUUCUGAA